CAGCGCAGUGCGCACCAUACGCACAGAUCCCACUUCCUACACCACUCAAAGACACUGAAACCCGAACCCCUCCGACCAUCUCUGGCUGUGUUAAAUCUCACCACUUUCUCUUGUGUCUUCACUAAUGGCUAGUAACAGGGACGACCCACUAACAUUCAGUAGCAACCCAUCCUCUUCCUCCUCUCCAAUUACAGUCUCUGAGCACCUUGAUAGCUAUCUUCAAGAUCCUGGUUCCCACAUUGGAAGCGCCUCUGGAAGCUAUCAGAAUGAAGGAUUGCUGGGUGACAGCGCCAGUGCAAGCAAUACCGAUGCAGAAUUUGGGUUCUCGAGGCCGGAGUUCAGGCAGAGCCCACUUUCCGGCACCGUGCAGUUGUACGAACGACACUUGUUUCUGUGCUACAAGAACCCAUCCGUGUGGCCUCCCAGGAUCGAGGCCGCGGAGUUCGAUCGAUUGCCGAGGUUGUUGUCGGCUGCUGUGUCGGCUAGGAAGAGUGAUAUGAAGAAAAAGACCCGGCUAACAAUAUGUGAGGGGCAUGAUGGAACUGAGACAUCAAAUGGAGAUGUGUUGAUUUUCCCAGACAUGAUCAGAUACAGGAGAUUGACCCAUUUUGAUGUUGACACUUUUGUUGAAGAAGUUCUUGUCAAGGAUGGUGAAUGGCUGCCGGGGACUCCUGAGCCACUAAAAGGUUCAUAUGUUUUUGUUUGUUCUCAUGGGUCUCGUGAUCGUCGUUGUGGAGUUUGUGGACCUCAGCUGGUUAGUAGAUUCAAAGAAGAGAUUGAAGUACAUGGUCUUCAAGGUAAAGUGUCUGUAAGCCCAUGCUCGCAUAUUGGUGGGCACAAGUAUGCAGGCAAUGUUAUUAUCUUUGGAUCGAAUGUUAAUGGAGAAAUCAAUGGACAUUGGUAUGGAUAUGUUACUCCAGAUGACGUGCCUUUGUUGCUGGAGCGACACAUUGGAAAAGGAGAAAUUGUAGACCGGCUUUGGAGGGGCCAAAUGGGUUUGUCAGAAGAAGAACAGAAGAAAUUUCAAGAACUAAGGCUCCAAGUGAAUGGGGAGACAAAUAUAGAUGGAAGCUCCAUGGAAGAAACACAAAGACAAGUAGCUGGGGAGAAAAUACCUGCAUGUACAUCUCAAACCGAAGGCAAUGGCUGUUGCCAGGGAGAUGAGAUUUCUUGCUGUCAGAACCCUGUUCUACCAGAAAAAGUAGAUGAUUGGGAUGCCAAAAGUAGUGCAGUAAAGUUGCCACUAGAAAAGAAGGCUGGCAAGAAACUAAUUUCCCAGAUCAAUAGUGGUAAAGGUGCUUCUGUGCGCAAGGUUUGUGCCACACCUACGUGGUUUGAGAGCUGGGAACGUGAUGAUACAUACGCCGCUCUUGCCGUUGUCUUUGCUGCAAUGUCAGUUGCUGUUGCCUAUGGCUGCUACAAGCAGUUAAAUUAGAAUUCUGGUUUGUAUUUACUUUGGUUUUAAUGAUGUGAUAAUUUAAGUUACCUAGUGCUUUUCCAUCUCAAGAACUAACUAUAUUCAUGUGCAUUCUGGCAAUAUUUGUGGAGUGGCUUGUGAAGGAUCUUCAUGGUUAAUUAAGGAGCAAGUAAUGG